AAACACAACCUUGUGUGCAUAUAUUAACAUGCUCCUCCUCACCUCCCCACCCCGCUUUUCCCUCGCGUCCACCCCACUCUCCCCCUUUCUCUCCUCCCCCCACUCCCUCACGCUCCCCUGGCGCGUGACCUCUCCCCCCACGCGCUCAUUAUACAAUUCUAGCCCUAGUCGCCUAUAUCUCCUCGCCGUUGCGCAUCUCAUCUCCGAUCUCAUCGCGCCGAUUUCGUCAUCUCGGUUGUUUUUGUGUUUUUAUUGAUUAAGAAUUGAAUUUUUUUGGGGAUUUGGUUAUGGAGCCGAUGGAUAUAGUUGGGAGGACUAAAGAGGAUGCUUCGCUUCCCAAAGCCACUAUGACAAAAAUCAUCAAGGAAAUGUUGCCUCCAGAUGUCCGUGUUGCUAGAGAUGCUCAAGACCUUCUGAUUGAAUGCUGUGUAGAGUUCAUUAACCUAAUCUCAUCAGAGUCAAAUGAAGUUUGUAGCCGAGAAGAUAAAAGAACAAUUGCACCAGAGCAUGUGCUAAAAGCCUUAGAGGUUCUUGGCUUUGGGGAGUAUAUUGAAGAUGUUUAUUCAGCAUAUGAACAACACAAAGUUGAAACUAUGGAUACUGUGAGGGGUGGGAAAUGGACUACUGGAGCAGAGAUGACCGAGGAAGAAGCAUUAGCAGAACAGCAGAGAAUGUUUGCAGAGGCACGUGCACGGAUGAAUGGCACGGCAGUGACUCCCAAACAACCAGAACCGGAACCGAGUAUGGAUAGCUAGAUUAGAAGCAUUUCUUACUUAAGUAUAGGCAAGCUCCUUUUGUACCAGUUCUUCACUUGCUAUGUAGGAGACGCUCUUGUCCAGUGCAUAGGCACUUGUCUACUCCUUUUUUAAACUUGUACUCAGAAAAUAUGUUUACAUAUUGCUGUAAUUACUGACGUGCCAGUCCAUGUUUUUUACAUUGUGCUUGUUAGUUUCUAUUGUUCUCAAGCAACAAAUGUUAACUUGUACUGAAUUAGUUCUUGUUUAGCUAAAGCCUAUAUAUAGUUAAUUUGGUAGUUA